UGGAGACCAGCGUUACACUGAUGGGCGGGGCCGGGGGAUCGGGACGAGAGAUACGGGGAGCUACUGCAACCUGGCCUUCACCCUGCCACAGUCCGUCCUGGACAAGACAGGUGCUUUGGACACGCCCAUGCCUCUCCCUGCUGAUUAUGUCGCGGCACUGGAGUGGCACCUGUGUCUGCCGCAGUCUUGUAAUGAGGAAACUGUCCACUUCGCCCUAUCUUUCUUGCCCCUGGAUGUCAUCAACAGCAGCGUGUACAAAGUGCAGUGUUCACAUGCCCAGGACCUCUCUCACGACACGGCCGCCAUUACUGCAGUGGCUGUGCUCGGAGUCAUUGUCCUCCUCGCAGUGCUCGGCACACUGUAUGACGUUGUCUCUGGAGAGGUCACAAGAGUGAAAAGAAAACGUGUCCACAACGAUGAAUACGACGGGGAUGUCAUAGCAGAAUUCGAUAGUCCUCCACAUACCAGCAAGACCAGUAUCAACAACGGUAUAUCAAUAGUGUCAAUGAACGGGAAGCUGGUGGACCCUCCUCAAGACAGCGACAGCGUAUCCACAACUACAUUACCAUACGAAGACUAUGACGAGGAUCAGGAAGGUGUAUGUAGACGGCUGUUGCUGUGUUUCUCCUUCAGUCGUAACACGGAGAAGAUAUUCGACACCAGCAGGAAAGAGGGUAGCCUGCGGUGUAUUCACGGCAUCCGGGUCCUCAGUAUGGCGUGGGUGAUUCUUGGACAUAUCAUUGUCUACACCAGAGGCGUAACAGACGAGAAUGUCACGGAAGUUCUGAAGAAGGUGAAGGACUUCAGCAUGCAGGCUGUGGUCAAUGCGUCUCUAGCUGUCGACACGUUCUUCCUUAUAGGGGGAUGUCUGGUAUCCUUCUUGUUUCUGAGACAAGUCAAGAAAACCGGCAAGCUAACUGGAAUGCAGAUGGCCAUGUAUUAUGUCCAUCGCUUCUGGAGACUCAGCCCCGUUUACCUGGUGAUCCUCAUGACCUACACCUGCCUCUUCAAGUACUUGCUAGAUGGCCCCCUCAAGUCGGACGGCCUUAACUAUGACAAUGCCCACUGCGCGUCCAACUGGUGGACAAAUGCCCUCUACAUCAACAACGUGUACAAGUCGGGAGAAGGAUGCAUGAGGUGGACGUGGUUCAUGGCUGACGACAUGCAGUUCUACAUUAUAGCUCCCCUGACGCUGGUGCCUAUUGUCAUGGGGCUGCAAGCGUUAGGAACCAUCCUGAUGGUGCUGCUCGUGUUUGUCCAGAUAGCCACAUACGCUUACAAGGAGUACUCUGUGGACGGAGCACUUCUCAAGAACGAUGAGCAGUUUAUGCGUGAGAUCUACUUCAUGCCGUGGUGCCGUGUCGGCGUGUUUGCCAUCGGUCUACUGCUCGGCUUUGUUCUCAACAAGACAAAGUGUAAAGUUCAUAUUCCCAAGUUCGCCCUUGUGAUAGGGUGGCAGAUCGGUCUGGCCCUCGGGCUGCUAUGCACGUACAUCACGUGGAGUGAGUGGAAGGUGGGUCACAUCAGCUGGGACAGAGACACGCGCCUCACCCACGAGACUCUCUCAAGGCCAUGCUGGGCCCUCUUCGUGUCAUGGAUCAUAUUUGUGUGCACCACGGGCCAUGGAGGAAUCGUGGACCGCCUGCUGUCAUGGGGGGCGUGGCUGCCCCUGGGGCGACUGACAUACGGGGCCUACUUGAUCCACCCGAUUCUCAUCACGUACACCGACUUCUCGAAGAGAGCUCUUGUCUAUGUCGACUUCGUUUUCAUCGCGUAUCAGUUUAUUGGGACGUUUGUGGUGUCUUAUGCCAUUUCGUUCGUGUUCAGCGCCCUGGUAGAGGCCCCCACACUGGCCCUGGAGGCUGUGGCGCUGGGACGAUACAGAGGCGUACGCUGAUAACUCUAGCACAUCCUAAUCCAAUGACCUCACACCCCUGCACACCCUCAUCCUCCUAACACCCGAACAAAACGCUCGUAUCCCACCUGCCCGAAACCCUCACAGAUUCCCACCCGAACCCCAAAUAAAAUGUACACCCCACAUCGCAGUGGACAAAACUAGCGCUGGGACGCAUGGAAAAGAACAUUACAUCCAAUACCACACCCACACCCUCCCGUACCCCAGGAGACAAUGGCGCUGGAACGCUGAAGUGGAGCCUGAACUGUUUCCCUGGGAUGCUACGAAUGUGUCCGAUGAAGUUUAGCCGCCUUCCAGGAUUCUUGCUAUGCCCGUCAUAGUGAGUUUCAACGUAACCGAAUGAUAGCUUCACGUUAAGUGGUGCAUAUGCUAUAAAGAACACAUAGUAUGAUGUGAAGUGAUGCAUAUGCUGUGAAGAACACAUAAUAUGAUGUGAAGUGGUGCAUAUGCUGUGAAGAACACAUAAUAUGAUGUGAAGUGGUGCAUAUGCUGUGAAGAACAUUUAGUAUGAUGUGAAGUGGUGCAUAUGCUGUAACACAUAGUAUGAUGUGAAUUGGUGCAUAUGAUGUAACACAUAGUAUGGUGUGAAGUGGUGCGUAUGAUGUAACACAUAGUAUGGUGUGAAGUGGUGCAUAUGAUGUAACACAUAGUAUGGUGUGAAGUGGUGCAUAUGCUGUAACACAUAGUAUGGUUUGAAGUGGUGCAUAUGCUGUAACACAUAGUAUGGUGUGAAGUGGUGCAUAUGCUGUAACACAUAGUUUGGUGUGAAGUGGUGCAUACGCUGUAACACAUAGUUUGGUGUGAAGUGGUGCAUAUGCUGUAACACAUAGUUUGGUGUGAAGUGGUGCAUAUGCUGUAACACAUAGUAUGGUGUGAAGUGGUGCAUAUGAUGUAACACAUAGUUUGAUGUGGACUCUGCAUAUACAUUUAAUGGCGUAUUUUCUAUGUAUGUAUAACACAACUGAAAUGUGCUCGUGACGCUGAGUGGGUAUAUUAUUUACCUCUGCACCAUGUCUACUACACUAUGUUUUGAUAUCCUUGAACAACCAGUAAACGACUGUGCUCAUGUAAA